AUGGAUGAUAAUAAUCCAGAAAUUUCGUUAUUAAUUGACGAUCAAGUGUUUAAAGCAAAGAGGAAUGAUUUGAUGGAACAUAGUGAUUUUUUCCGAGCUAUGUUUACUGGAGACUAUGUAGAAAGGGAGCGGAAACAAAUAUUUAUUGAGGUGGUGGACGCUGCUUCUAUGAGUAUUAUAUUGAGAUACAUAAACAUAGGAUUAAUAGAUUUAUCAGAAUUUGAUUUGCCAACCAUAGGAGAUCUGGCAGUCGCUGCAAGUUUCCUACAAAUUACAGAACUGACGAAACAAAUAGAAUAUUGUUUGGAACAGCAACUAACAUUAGCUAACUGGUUGGAAGUUAAAGAAGUAGCAUUAAAUGCGGCUUUAGUCAAAUUGGAGCAAAGCACCGUUGUAUUUGGACUUUUUUCGUUCAGUAAAAUGAAGACUGAGAAUAUUCAAUCGUUAGAUAAAUUAUAUUGGUACCUAGCACAUCCGUACUUGAACUUAGAGUCUGAACUAGACGCAUUCAAGUUUGGUUUAAAGUGGCUACGGGAACAUGAAAUGGGUGCAGACACACUGUUAGUGGUUCUGUGUUGCUUAGACCUUAAAAGACUUUCAAUUGAAGAAUUAAUAGAAAUGAGAGAAUUAAUAACAGACUUUGCUAAUAGUUUAGGGGAAAGAGUAGUAGAAUGUCUGUAUAAAUUAUUAUUGGAACAUGAUUUGUCACUCGAUACUAUAAGGCAGAAUAAAGAAGAACUAUGUCUCUUUUUUACUGAAAAAGUUUACACAGAAGUGUUCAAUUUAGUAAAAGAAAGUGUUCAACGUAAACUAAAGUAUACACCGACUGUGCCAAUGUGGUCGAACAAGGACAAAAAACCAGAAGCGUCACAGAAUUAUUUAUUUACGUACACGGAAGAUGCUGGUUUCCAAAGGUGGAUGGAAGUCGCUGAACGGAAUCUUUGGGGUUGGAAUAUAACUGCUUGGAGUCCCACUCAGAUUGUGGUGGUAUGCGGUGAAUAUGGACGCGGUUCUGGAAUUUUUAUGAGAGAUGUGAAAGUUUAUGAUGUUUACAAAAAGGAGUGGACUCAACAUGGAGUGGAAUUGCCUGUGAGGAGACAUGCUGGUGUUGUAGUGGUAGAUGAUUCACUAUAUCUACUGGGGGGUGUUGGUGGAUUCCGGGUAGUGCUAGACUCGGCAGUAGUGUAUAACUUAAAGGAGAGGACAUUUAGGUCAAUAGCGAAGUUACCGGACGCAGUGCAGUCGCCCGCCGUCUGCGCCCACGACGACGAGGUGUACGUUAUAGGACAUAGAAACAUUUAUAAAUACGAAGAAAUUUGCCAAAAAGACCGUUGGACAAAAGUCCUUACAAUGGACAUCACGCCGACUUACCUGGUGUCUUUUAAAGGGUAUAUCUAUGUCGCUCAAUGCUACUUCCCAAGUCUGUACAGGUUCAUACCUGGGGACGAACGCGGCUUGCAGCAGAUCGCCAGCUUCUGUCAUCCUCCUCGGGCUAUUUGUAAUUUAGGUUAUCGCCUGAUCGCCGUAACAUGUUCUGGAGACACAUCAACAGAUAUACUAUCUGUAGAAGAAUUACGCAUAGUGGGUGACGGCCACUAUUACCAGAAUACCGAUGUUCUUUGGUCCGAAACUGGGUCAGAGUUUGGCGUCAACCCUUCGGGGGCAUGUGCGGUAGUCAUGACAAUGCCUGAAAUCAAUCCUAAUGUGUCCGCGUAUCAUCAGCGGUAUAUUGUAAUGUAUGGAUAG